GGCAGUCUCACUUGACUGGCCUUGGCUCGCAUCUUUUAUUACCUGGAUCAGCAGCAGAGGAAUCGAAACAAAACGCAAAGAUUGCAACGUUUUGUUGCAUGGAUAUUUGUCGACUAAGAAGAAAAUGAGUCAGUUUAACAAAGGUCCUGCGUAUGGUUUGUCAGCCGAAGUUAAGAGUAAGAUUGCCCAGAAGUAUGAUCCACAAAAGGAAGAUGAGCUGCGUUAUUGGAUAGAGGAGGUGACAGGUAUGCCAAUCGGCGACAAUUUCCAAGCAGGUCUGAAAGAUGGCGUCAUCCUCUGCGAGCUAAUAAAUAAACUACAGCCUGGCUCCAUUAAGAAAAUUAACAAUUCCAAACUCAACUGGCACAAGUUGGAAAACCUGGGGAACUUCAUCAAAGCCAUUCUUGCUUAUGGCUUGAAGCCCAAUGACAUAUUUGAAGCCAAUGACCUGUUUGAGAAUGGCAACAUGACACAAGUCCAGACCACAUUGCUUGCCCUGGCCAGUAUGGCGAAGACCAAAGGCAUGAAUACAAAGGUUGACAUUGGUGUGAAGUAUGCCGACAAGCACGUGCGUCGUUUUGAUGAUGAAAAACUGAAGGCUGGACAGUGUGUUAUUGGAUUACAGAUGGGUACAAAUAAAUGUGCGAGCCAGGCAGGAAUGACAGCAUAUGGGACCAGAAGACACCUUUAUGACCCAAAGACACAAGCAGAUAAACCAUAUGACCAGACCACCAUCAGCCUACAGAUGGGCACCAACAAAGGAGCCAGCCAGGCUGGUAUGACAGCACCUGGCACCAGAAGGGAUAUCUUCGACCAGAAGGUGGCAGUGCAACCCGUGGACAACUCAACCAUCUCGUUACAAAUGGGCACCAACAAAGUGGCUUCACAGAAAGGCAUGAGUGUGUAUGGGCUGGGCAGGCAGGUGUACGACCCCAAGUACUGCGCCUCUCCCACUGAGCCGGUCAUCCACAGCAACGGUAGCCAGGGGACUGGCACCAACUGCUCCGAGAUCAGUGACAGUGAUUACCAGGCUGAGUACCAGGCCGAGUACCAGGCAGGCUACCAGGAUGAGUACCAGGGCAACUACCACGAUGAUUACAGUGGGCACUAUGACCACGGCAUUGACUAUUAGGUUGAAAG